AUGGAUACCACUAUUGGAGUCUCGUUUUUGGACCCGUUGAAUGAUUACGAGUUAAUUCAUCGUAUUGGGACUGGCACGUACGGAGACGUGUUCAAGGUGAGUCCUGAGUGGGUAAAAUGUCAGCUCGGCUUGGAGACAAGCACACAUAUGCGUUUUAAUAGGCUCCAUAUGGGUUAGGUUGUUGCGCGGUUGACUUGUCAAGUCACGUAGCCUAGCUGUUUGAAAUAUUGUUGGACUUUAUGUUGACAGGUUACAAAUUUAAAACUGCAUAGAAAAGCUACCAUACUUUUUUAUCAAUGUGUCCUUUCUCUCAAAUGUAAUCAAACUUUUACGCACGAAUUAACAUAAUAUAGGCUAUGACUGUAAGUCGCUUUGGAUAAAAGCGUCUGCUAAAUGGCAUAUUAUUAUUAUUACAAUGUCAAACUGUAUUUAUUACCACAACAUAUAAUAAGGGAUAUGCAGGUAAGGUUGGCCAUAUGGCGCCCCUGCCUACCGCUAUUUGAGAAUAAUGCGGGUAUAGGAGAGAUACAGUACGUGCCCACAUGUUAAUGAUGCUCGGUGCCUAUAAUGCCCAUACCACUGGCAGUAGUAGUUCUUCUGCUGAUCAGUAUUCAUAAUCAGGCUGGGAUGGCGUCCGGGCUGGCCUUUUAGUCCAACAUCCAUCAGUACCCUUAAAGGAACAUUUAAAAGGGCUCAAGACAUUCCAUUCCGUUGUAUUAGACCUGCUAUACACAUUUUAUUAGCUCUCCUCUCAGCAGUACUAAAAAGCUCUCAGCAAUACCUUUAUUCCUUGCUGCUAUUGUGACAGAAGAAUAGCCUGUUUCAUAGAUCACCUUUUAAGUCAGGUGGAUGCUACAAGAUUUCAAGUCUGAAGGGCACUGUGACUUUUAUCAGCACUGUUUUAUGUAUCUUGGCUAUCGACGCCUAAUUUGUUGAAAGGUCUUUUUCGAUCAGUCUCUUCUAUUUUGACUUGGUGAUUUGAGCUGCAGGAAACAAACAUCCUGUAAUCCCACCCUGAAAGUCUCAUUCAUGCAUCCUGCGAGAGAGACAGACUCAAAUCGUUGUGUGCCUCUCCUCCCCUACCCGAAACAUUUCCUAUCCAAUAAGCUACAAAUGUAAACAGACACACAAUGGACAACAUUUACUUUAAAACACAAUUAUGUUCACUUUUGGGCUAAUGAUUUAUGAACAAUUCAAAAUAUCCCUUAGAAAUGUACUUUGUUUCUCUCAGUCUCAAAGUUAUGGAAUGUGCACCCCUGCCACAUAGCGACAUGUCACUGCCCGGGCUGUGCCUGCCUGCCUGCCUGCUGUGAAUGAGGAAACUGUUACUGUCCCACAGACAAUGGCCUGUUGUCACCUCCCACUACCUCACCGUACUCCUCUUCUCCUCCACUGUUCUGUUUCUCCAGCCUUAGUGUAGCUGCCUGGAGGUCAGGGGUCAAACCACUGGCCCUGUGACCUAGUGGGCUCUCUGACUGUGUGAACAUUCAAGGUGACCAUUGUUCACAAGAUCCACGAAACUUCUAGCUACUCAGCUGAGGGCUCAGUUUUCAAGUGAGUGACCUUUUGCGGCUAUGUAAAUAAUAGAAAGUAUGUCACUCACCGCAUAGUCAAGAAUGGUUAGAUUUCCUGAUAAUCGCAAAGACCCCAUUAGGUGGUUUCUUUUAUGAGUGAAUAGUUCCUUUUGUCUUGCAUUCUGGUGUGGAUGAGGUGUACGUACUUACAUUCAUAUUUAUAUACUUGUUAUGACCUGACUGAGAUUGCCUGAGGUUCGAUGGUGGGGGAAACCCACAAAACAGAAAAACGUUUCACAAACCAGCAGCAGCACUGUAUAGCUCAGUCACACACACACACACACACACACACACACACACACACACACACACACACACACACACACACACACACACACACACACACACACACACACACACACUACCAUUUGGGCUGUUGCUGCAGUUGUGGGCCUAUCUAUCUCUCACUGAAUAUCAUUAAUGGUUUGAGGCCAGUUUAAUGCAACACGCAUCUGAAAUGAUCAUACGGAAAAGCUCUGUGUUUUUGUUGUAUGUAAUUUCCACUCUGAUUCAAUCAAGCUUUGUGAGAAUGAACUUUUGGAACCUUGAUCAAAGUGGUGGUGAAGUUUCUUUUCAUUCCCAUUGUCUGUAACUCUAUCCCACAACAAACUGUUAUUUCAGGCUGGCCAGUGACGAACCUUAAAGAGACAUUACUGUCACUUUAGUCACAGGAAGUGCUCUGGUAUAACAGUGGGGGAAAAAACAGGAAUUCGGUGUAGCCAAGCAUCAUGUUUUGUUUACAGGCAACCUGAUGGCCCUUAGGCUGAUUCUAUGCUUGUUUUUAAUAGGUAGAGCUAAGGACCUUAAAACCUGACUUCACUUCAACGUUUGACCUUUCUGAAAGAAUGGGAGCAAUACAUAUUUACAGGAUAAACCAGGAGGAAAUGAUGGAUGUUGUAAACAACAUCCUUUGGAUUCAAAAGCAGGGACUUUUCCCUCAGCACUUCUUACGUAACGGCUGAUGUCCCAAUAUAAACCAUGUCGCUGACCUUGACACUUAAGGCUCUAGGUCUGUCAUAAGCGUCAAUACAGGACCAAGAUCAAAUCCUACUACACUGGCUUUGAUGCUCAUUGGAGGUGGCAGGGCUUGCAAACUAUCACGGAUUACAAAGGGAAACCCAGCCGCGAGCUGUCCAGUGACGCAAGCCUACCAGACGAACUAAAAACCUUCUAUGCACUGAACCAUGCAUGAGAGCACCAGCUGUUCCGGAUGACUCUGUGAUCAACGCUCACCGUAGCCAAUGUGAGUAAGACCUUUAAACAGGUUAACAUUCACAAGGGCGGAUGGAUUUACCAGGACGCAUACUCAGAGCAUGCACUGACCAGCUGGCAAGUGUCUUCACUAACAUUUUCAACCUCUCCCUGACCCAGUCUGUAAUACCUACAUGUUUCAAGCAGACCACUAUAGUCCCUGUGGCCAAGAACGCCAAGGUAACCUGUCUAAAUGACUAUUGUCCCGUAGCACUCACAUCUGUGGCCAUGAAAUGCUUUGAAAGGCUGUUCAUGGCUCACAUCAACACCAUCAUCCCAGACACCCUGGAGAGCUUCAAGUUCCUCGGUGUCCACAUCACUAAGGACCUAUCAUUGUCCAAACACACCAACAUAGUCGUGAAGAGGACAUGACAACGCCUCUUCCCCCUCAGGAGGCUGAAAAGAUUUGUCAUGGGCCCUCAGAUUCUCAAAAAGUUAUACAGUUGCACCAUUGAGAGCAUCUUGACUGGCUGCAUCACCGCUUCGUAUGGCAACUGCUUGGCGUCCGACCACAAGGCGCUACAGAGGGUAAUGUGUACGGCCCAGUACAUAACUGGGGAUGAGCUCCUUGCCAUCCAGGCCCUAAAAAUGGUCUCCAGCAACCCAAGUCAUAGACUCUUCUUUAUGCUACCGCACGGCAAGCUGUACCAGAGUGCCAAGUCUGGAACCAAAAGGCUCCUGAAAAAGCUUCUACCCCAAAGCCACAAGACUGCUGAACAGUUAAUCAAAUGGCUACCCAGACUAUUUGCAUUGACACCCUUUUUCUUUGAAAUGACAUUCUUGCACUGGCUCUAUGCACACUCACUGGACUCUACCCACACACUCACACAUACUACACUGACACACCAACACACACACACACACACACACUCACACACUACAUACGCUCACACACACACAACAUUUCCCCACAUUUUGUUACACUACAGCCUUAUUCUAAAAUGUAUACAAUUGUUUUUUCCCCUCAUCAAUCUACACACAAUACCCCAUAAUGACAAAGCAAAAACCGGUUUAUAGGCAUUUUUGCAAAAUUAUAAAGAAAUAAAAAACGGAACUAUCACAUUCCCAUAAAUAUUCAGACCCUUUACUCAGUACUUUGUUGAAGCGCCUUUGGCAGCGAUUAUAGCCUCGAGUCUUAUUGGGUAUGACGAUACAAGCUUUGCACACACCUGUAUUUGAGGAGUUUCUCCCAUUCGUCUCUGCAGAUCCUCUCAAGCUCUGUCAGGUUGGAUGGGGAGAGUCGCUGCACAGCUAUUUUCAGGUCUCUCCAGAAAUGUUCAAUCGGGUUCAAGUUCGGGCUCUGGCUGGGCCACUCAAGGACAUUCAGAGACUUGUCCCAAAGCCACUCUUGCGCUGUCUUGGCUGUGUGCUUAGGGUCGUUGUCCUGUUGGAAGGUGAACCUUCGCCCCAGUCUGAGGUCCUGAGCGCUCUGGAGCAGGUUUUCAUCAAGGAUCUUUCUGUACUUUGCUCCGUUCAUCUUUCCCUCGAUCCUGACUAGUCUCCCAGCCCCUGCCGCUGAAAAACUUCCCCACAGCAUGAUGCUGCCACCACCAUGCUUCAUUGUAGGGAUGGUGCCAGGUUUCCUCCAGUCGUGACGAUUGGCAUUCAGGCCAAAGAGUUCAAUCUUGGUUUCAUCAGACCAGAGAAUCUUGUUGCUCAUGGUCUGAGAGUCCUUUAGAUGCCUUUUGGCAAACCAAGUGGGCUGUCGUGCCUUUUGCUGAGGAGUGGCUUCCGUCUGGCCACUCUACCAUAAAGGCUUGAUUGGUGUAGUGCUGCAGAGACGGUUGUCCUUCUGAAAGGUUUCUCCCAUCUCCACAGAGGCACUCUGGAGCUCUGUCAGCGUGACCAUCAGGUUCUUGGUCACCUCCCUGACCAAGGCCCUUCUCCCCCGAUUACUCAGUUUGGCCGGGCGGCCAGCUCUAGGAAGAGUCUUGGUGGUUCAAAACUUGUUCCAUUUAAGAAUGAUGGAGGCCACUGUGUUCUUGGGGACCUUCAAUGCUGCAGAAAUGUUUUGGUACCCUUCCCCAGAUCUGUUCCUCGACACAAUCCUGUCUCGGAGCUCUACGGACAAUUCCUUCGACCUCAUGGCUUGGUUUUUGCUCUGACAUGUACUGUCAACUGUGGGACCUUAUAUAGACAGGCGUGUGCCUUUCAAAAUCAUGUCCAAUCAAUUGAACUCCAAUCAAGUUGUAGAAACAUCUCAAGGAUGAUCAAUGGAAACAGGAUGCACCUGAGCUCCAUUUCUAGUCUCAUAGCAAAGGGUCUGAAUACAUGUAAAUAAGGUAUUUUAAUUUUUACUUUUUUAGUACAUUUGCCAAAAUGUCUAAAAAUCUGUUUUGGAUUUGUCAUGAUGGGGUAUUGUGUGUUUUAGAAUAAGGCUGUAACAAAAUAUGGAAAAAGUGAAGGGCUCUGAAUACUUUCCGAAUGCACUGUACGUACACACAUGCAUAUUGACGCCACACAGACACACACACUUAGAUACUCUUUCACACUCUUCACAUACGCUGCUGCUGCUACUCUAUUUAUUAUCUAUCCUGACUGCUUAGUCACUUUUACCUCUACCUACAUGUACAGUGGGGGAAAAAAGUAUUUAGUCAGCCACCAAUUGUACAAGUUCUCCCACUUAAAAAGAUGAGAGAGGCCUGUAAUUUUCAUCAUAGGUACACGUCAACUAUGACAGACAAAAUGAGAAAAAAAAAUCCAGAAAAUCACAUUGUAGGAUUUUUAAUUAAUUUAUUUGCAAAUUAUGGUGGAAAAUAAGUAUUUGGUCACCUACAAACAAGCAAGAUUUCUGGCUCUCACAGACCUGUAACUUCUUCUUUAAGAGGCUCCUCUGUCCUCCACUCGUUACCUGUAUUAAUGGCACCUGUUUGAACUUGUUAUCAGUUUAAAAGACACCUGUCCACAACCUCAAACAGUCACACUCCAAACUCCACUAUGGCCAAGACCAAAGAGCUGUCAAAGGACACCAGAAACAAAAUUGUAGACCUGCACCAGGCUGGGAAGACUGAAUCUGCAAUAGGUAAGCAGCUUGGUUUAAAGAAAUCAACUGUGGGAGCAAUUAUUAGGAAAUGGAAGACAUACAAGACCACUGAUAAUCUCCCUCGAUCUGGGGCUCCACGCAAGAUCUCACCCCGUGGGGUCAAAAUGAUCACAAGAACGGUGAGCAAAAAUCCCAGAACCACAUGGGGGGACCUAGUGAAUGACCUGCAGAGAGCUGGGACCAAAGUAACAAAGCCUACCAUCAGUAACACACUACGCCGCCAGGGACUCAAAUCCUGCAGUGCCAGACGUGUCCCCCUGCUUAAGCCAGUACAUGUCCAGGUCCGUCUGAAGUUUGCUAGAGUGCAUUUGGAUGAUCCAGAAGAGGAUUGGGAGAAUGGCAUAUGGUCAGAUGAAACCAAAAUAGAACUUUUUGGUAAAAACUCAACUCGUCGUGUUUGGAGGACAAAGAAUGCUGAGUUGCAUCCAAAGAACACCAUACCUACUGUGAAGCAUGGGGGUGGAAACAUCAUGCUUUGGGGCUGUUUUUCUGCAAAGGGACCAGGACGACUGAUCCGUGUAAAGGAAAGAAUGAAUGGGGCCAUGUAUCGUGAGAUUUUGAGUGAAAACCUCCUUCCAUCAGCAAGGGCAUUGAAGAUGAAACGUGGCUGGGUCUUUCAGCAUGACAAUGAUCCCAAACACACCGCCCGGGCAACGAAGGAGUGGCUUCGUAAGAAGCAUUUCAAGGUCCUGGAGUGGCCUAGCCAGUCUCCAGAUCUCAACCCCAUAGAAAAUCUUUGGAGGGAGUUGAAAGUCCAUGUUGCCCAGCGACAGCCCCAAAACAUCACUGCUCUAGAGGAGAUCUGCAUGGAGGAAUGGGCCAAAAUACCAGCAACAGUGUGUGAAAACCUUGUGAAGACUUACAGAAAACGUUUGACCUGUGUCAUUGCAAACAAAGGGUAUAUAACAAAGUAUUGAGAAACUUUUGUUAUUGACCAAAUACUUAUUUUCCACCAUAAUUUGCAAAUAAAUUCAUUAAAAAUCCAACAAUGUGAUUUUCUGGGGGAAAAAAAUCCUCAUUUUGUCUGUCAUAGUUGACGUGUACCUAUGAUGAAAAUUACAGGCCUCUCUCAUCUUUUUAAGUGGGAGAACUUGCACAAUUGGUGGCUGACUAAAUACUUUUUUCCCCCACUGUACAUAUUACCUCAGUUACCUCAACUACCUUGUAGCCAUGCACAUUGACUCUGUACCGGUACUCCUUGUAUGUAGCCUCUUUAUAGUUAUUUUAUUGUAUUACUAUUUCCUUUAUUUAUUUGAUUUUGCAAAUAUUUUCUUACUUUUUAACUCUGCAUUGUUGGGAAAGGGCUCGUAAGUAAGCAUUUCACGGUAAAGUCUACACCUGUUAUAUUCGGCGCAUGUGACAAAUACAAUUUGAUUUGAGGGUGCUAUUUCGGACGCACCCUGGGACUGUGUAGAACAGACAGACCUCUCACCAACAGACCUCUCACCAACAGACCUCUCACCAACAGACCUCUCACCAACAGACCUCUCACCAACAGACCUCUCACCAACAGACCUCUCACCAACAGACCUCUCACCAACAGAACCCUCACCAACAGACCUCUCACCAACAGACCUCUCACCAACAGACCUCUCACCAACAGACCUCUCACCAACAGACCUCUCACCAACAGAACCCUCACCAACAGAACCCUCACCAUCCAGCACACCCUGUCUCCUGCUGUUGUAUCAAUCCAAGGUGAAGCUGAAGGUCAGAGAUAACAGGUGACCAGCCGGGCCAGAAAACCAGGAACUAACUAAUAUUGGGUCUUUUAUCAUCAAGAUGGCUGACUAUGGGGUUUGGGUCUUGGAUGGAUGCCCAGGGCUUCCUAUAGUGAUGUGAGGAAUGUGGCAGACCUCCAAACAGAGAUGAAAAUUCAUUUAGAAACAAGCUAGAGAGAAAACAGAUAAUAGACUGUUGUAAAUAGAGCAAUUGCAAGGAGUCAUCAGCAAGUUGAUGCAAUAGCCGUAAGGAAACAUUGAUUACUGUUGGUUUUGUUCCACUCUAAUGGGGUCUAGUGCUGACUAAUAUAUGGCGUUCUGUAGCCUGUAUACUCUGUAGCAAAGUUCACAGGAAAGUUCACACUAGUAAUCACUCGCAGCUAACUUUACCCUUUCUUUCAGGCUCGCAACAUCAGGAGUUCAGCAAUGGCAGCCAUCAAAAUAGUAAAACUGGAUCCUGGUAAGUGAACAGCUCAGUGUUGUCAGACCUGUAUUAUGGGUAAUUUCUUGCAUGUUUUGCCUUCAUGCAUACUUUGUGUAGUUAUUCUUAACAAUUUUUAAACAAUCUAUUGUGUGUGUGAUACAGUGAGUUAACUACUACUAGUAUUAGCAGCAGCAGCAGUAGUAGUAGUAGUUCUAGUACUACUAGCAGCAGUAGUAGUAGUAGUUCUAGUACUACUAGUAGCAGUAGUAGUAGUAGUUCUAGUACUACUAGUAGCAGUAGUAGUAGUAGUUCUAGUACUAGUAUCAGUAGUAGUAGUAGUUCUAUUAGUAGUAUCAGUAAUAGUAGUAGUUCUAUUACUAGUAUCAGUCGUAGUAGUAGUAGUAGCAACAAUAGUAGUAGUAGUAGUAGUAGUAGUAGUAAUAGUAGUACUAGUAGUAGUAGUAUUAGCAGCAGUAGUAGUAGCAGUAGCAGCAGUAGCAGUAGUAGCAGCAGUAGCAGUAGUAGUAGUAGUAGUAGUAGUAGUUAUAGUACUAAUAUCAGUGUUAGUGUUGAGAUGUCAGGAAAUACAUUGCCUAAAUCUGUGUGUCUCUGAUUGGUCACGUGACCUGCAUGCUCUCUGUUCAGGUGAUGACAUCACAUCCAUCCAGCAGGAGAUCACUAUGAUGAAGGAAUGUAAACACAAGAACAUUGUGGCCUAUUUCGGCAGCUAUCACAGGUACAUGUUUAAGUUUCAUGAGAGUCCACGUCCAUCCAUGGAAUUCCUUGGAUUGUGAGUGUUCUUGGAUGUGUUCUUUGAUGUGUCGAAUUCCACUAUUAUCUCAAACAGCCACUACUAGGACACAGAAUGCAACAUUCUCUCCCACACCACAGAUAAUAUAGCGCUCAAAAUGAAGUUGAUACAUACAAAAAAGUUAUGUUGUUGAUAGAGGUCACUAACAAACACAUAGGGAGAAACAUACAAUAUGCACGCGCACACAUACACACACACACUGUCACUGACUUUAAAAUUGAUUUAGCUCAAGGUUUUCUCCUUUUUAGGGUCGUUACCUCUGUAACAUUUCAAGAUCAGAUAAUAAUGUGAUUUGUUUGGAUUGUAAAACUCUUCGACUCAGUUCUCUACAGCCAAGUUCUCAGAAAUCUGUCUAAAAAUGACCUAUAAUCCAUAUUUGGAUGUAAACACCCUUUUUUAGUCUGGAAAGCCAAAGGAACAGAAGGCAUUGACAAAAGACUGAUAAUAAAACUGUGUAUCUCUAAUUUUUGCAGGAACACUAAAUUAUGGAUAUGCAUGGAGUACUGUGGAGGGGGGUCGUUACAAGACAUUUACCACGGUACGCACAGCUAAAACAGAAUUUACCCGACUUGAAAGUCAUCGAUGUUCCACCCUCCCUUGUAUGUGCCAUUAAUCUCAGGUCUCUACUGGUAUUUCCACAGUGACUGGGCCGUUCAAGGAGAAGCAGAUAGCCUACAUCUGCAGAGAAACCCUCCAGGUUAGUCAGUCAUAUAAGAUAUGAGCUCUGUCACUUUCCUAACUGGGGGAUACAGUCACAGUAUAAUCACACGUCUUUCUAACCACAGGAAAGCGAUGCAUCAAGUUUCGUGGCACCACACACAGCACAGCAACAUAACAUUACCUCCCUUAUUCAUGUCAGCAGUUUGUGUUUGUUGCCAGGGCCAGCUCUAGCCUUUUGGGAGAUUUGGUUAGACUAACCUACCAAUCAAAAAAUGUUUUGCUGACAUGGCUAAUUGAGUGACUGUCAGUGACUGGCUAAACAAGUGAAAAACUUCUGAUGCACAACCAAAUUUCAAAUGCACAACCAAAACUCUUAACAGUAAGUUGAGACCUAGACUGAGUUCCCCAAAAAUAUGUAUUCUUUUUUGAAGGGGAGGUCGGGGGCCCACUAUGGGCCGGGGGCCCUAAGUGACUGGCUAUGUUGCUUAUGCCUGGAGCCAGCCCUGUUUGUUGUGUUGCUUAUGCCUGGAGCCAGCCCUGUUUGUUGCUCACUGUUGUGUUGUGACUGGCUCCAUAAAAUCAAAUCAAAUGAAAUUAUAUUUGUCACAUGCGCUGAAUACAACAGGUGUAGACCUUACAGUGAAAUGCUUACUUACAAGCCCUCAACCAACAAUGCAGUUUUAAGAACAAAUAAGUGUUAAGAAAGUAUUUACUAAAUAAACUGAAGUAAACAAUAAAUAAAUAAAAAUGGAAAAAUAAUAAUUAAAGAGCAACAAUAAAAUAACAGUAACGAGGCUGCUUGUAGGGAGAGAUGGGCAGUAUUUCUGUUACGUCUAUUUGAAAUUAGUAUUAGUAUUUCAAUUACUUUUGAUUAUUUUGUAGUUUGUCUUUCAGUGGCCUAAACUACAGUCCAAUGUAUUUUGUAACAAGAUACUUUAAAGAGCUGUAUUUUGUAUUUUCUAAAUACUUUUCAACAGUCUUGAUAGAAAAUAAUAUAGGGUCUAUUUCUAUGUAUUGUAAUUCAAUACAAUACUUAGCAAAAGUAUUUUGUAUUUUAUUUUGAUACAUUUGUCUUUAGGAUAUUUUGGAAUUGUAUUUUGUAUUUUUUUGCCCAUCUCUGCUAAUGAUGAGGUUGAGAGAUUUGUCAAGCUGAUUCUGUGUUUUUUUUUUUGACAGGGUUUGUACCACCUGCAUGAGACAAGUAAAAUGCAUAGGGACAUAAAGGUAUAAUUUUGACAUAGCUGUAUGUUAUUGUUGUCAGUCUGUGGCUCUUCUGUCUUUAUAUCUUUGUGAGCUUGUGUGUGUGUGUGUGUGUGUGUUGUGUGUGUGUGUGUGUGUGUGUGUGUGUGUGUGUGUGUGUGUGUGUCCAUCUGUCUAUAGGGAGCGAAUAUCCUCAUCACAGAACGAGGAGACAUCAAACUGGGUCAGUGAACAUCUAUUCUAUACCAUCUAUCAUACACACACACACACACACACACACACACACACACACACACACACACACACACACACACACACACACACACACACACACACACACACACACACACACACACACACACACACACACACACACACACACACACACACACACACACACACACACUGUCUGCGAAAACGUUGAGGUUAACUAGCGUGCUAAAAACAAACCACUCAUAAGACAUAUUGGAUUCUGGAUUCGGUCUCCCUCAGCGACUAGACUGUCUCUCACUCUCUGUCUCUGUUUCCCUGUAGCCGAUUUUGGAGUUGCUGUCUCUCACUCUCUGUUUCCCUGUAGCUGAUUUUGGAGUUGCUGCAGAGAUCAGUGUUUCUGUAGCCAAGAGGAAGUCUUUUAUAGGAACACCCUACUGGUAAGAUAACUGAACUCAAACCACCACCUUCAACGUUAUGACUCUAAUUGAAAACAUAUAUACUUCCUGCUUACUUUCACCGUAUCAGUUAACUUCUUUAUGCAGACACUGAUUGGUCUGUUCUUUAUGCAGACACUGAUUGGUCUGUUCUUUAUGAAGACACUGAUUAGUCUGCUUUAAGCAGACACUGAUUGGUCGGUUCUUUAUGCAGACACUGAUUGGUCGGUUCUUUAUGCAGACACUGAUUGGUCUGGUCAUAGUCAUACAUGUGUCUUCUAACAGAACAAACUUUCAGGAUCAUUAUGAAAUGAUAAUAUUUUAUAUACAUGCUCAUGACAAGUCUUACAAUGCAUUAUAACUAUUAUAAUACUAAUUUCAUCUGGCUGGUAUUUAUGUACCCAUGCCAGGAUGGCACCGGAGGUGGCAGCAGUGGAGAAGAAGGGCGGGUACAACCAUCUGUGUGACAUCUGGGCAGUGGGCAUCACGGCCAUCGAGCUGGCAGAGCUCCAGCCGCCAAUGUUUGACCUCCACCCUAUGAGGUGAGACACAGACACAGGCACAGGCACAAACACAGACACAGACACAAACACAAACACAGACAGAGACACAGACACAGACACAGACAUACAGAGGCACAGACACAGACACAGACACAGACACAGGCACUGGCACAAACAGAGACAGAGACAGAGACAGACAGAGACACAGACAGGCAGAAACAGAUCCAGAUAUCCAGGCAGAAACAGGGACACAGACUUGGCUCCAUACCAAUCCCCUCUGGACUCUAGCCUUAACCUCAACAAUAAAUAGUUUCCAUUCUAUCCCUUUUUCCUUCGCUCCUUUAGAUCCACCAAAGUUGGAUAAAAGAGAGAGAGAUGAAGAUAGAUAUGUGUUAUGUGGGUUAUCCACAUACCUCAAUAUGGUAUAAUAGCUUGGUGUGUGACUCAACUAUUUCCCACACUUUGGUAGCACAUGUGUUUGUGCUUCAGACAACCCCCUCUGUAGUGCUCAUUGUUAUGCCAAACAUGUCAGCGAAUGACAAAGGAGUUGGCUUAAGCACAUUAUAAACAGAUCUCUACAACCAGGCUAGGUUUUCCACCGUGUUGACAUUUCAAACUAUUAAAACUGUGUUCCAGAGCCUUGAUGUUGAUGUCAAAAAGCAGCUUCCAGCCUCCCAGGCUCAAGGACAAGACCAAGUGGUGAGAUGAACAUGAUUACACCGUAUUCCCAAAACAAUUCAGACAUCUCACAAUGCAUCAUCCGUGCCAUAGCUGUACUCUAAAACCAUCCUCCUGACACUAGACUGUUCUUUGAACGAGGCAUCCAUGUCCUCUAGGAUGUGAAUGUGUUUCUGCUGUCUCAUCUCUCUCGCCCUCCCCCUCUCUCUCUCUGAAGGUCUGCAGGGUUCCAGAGCUUCGUGAAGAUGUCCCUCAUUAAGAACCCAAGGAAGAGGCCGUCGGCCGAGACCUUACUGCAGGUACACUACUGUGCACUCUGCUCAACUCUCUCUUUCCCUGAGGCAUUAUUAAUUAAGCAAUAAGGCACGAGGGGGUGUGGUAUAUGGCCAAUAUACCACGGCUAAGCGCUGUUCUUAUGUACGACGCAACGCGGAGUGCCUGGAUACAGCCGUUAACCUUAUUGCUAUUAUAAACUGGUUACCAAUGUAAUUACAACAGUAAAAAUGAAUUUUUGGUCAUACCUGUGGUAUAUGGUCUGAUAUACCACAGCUUUCAGCCAAUCAGCAUUCAGGGCUCGAACCACCUGGUUUAUUUACAUUUACAUUACAUUUACGUCAUUUAGCAGACGCUCUUAUCCAGAGCGACUUACAAUAAGGAACAGCCCCUGAAAGACAAUCAAUACUCCCCAUUGUUAUAGACAGAGCCUCUGGGGGCGCCGGAGAAUGGCUGCCGUUUUACGGGCUCCUAACCAACUGUGCUAUUUUGUGUGUUUUUUUCGCAUUGUUUGUAACUUAUUUUGUACAUAAUGUUGCUACUACCAACUCUUAUGACCGAAAAGAGCUUCUGGAUAUCAGAACAGCGAUUACCCACCUUGAACUGGACGAAGAUUUUUUCUUUAAUGAGUCCGACGCGAAGGAUAUACUGCUUCUCUGAGACCAGGCCCAAAUCCCCCAUCAUUCGCGUGAAAAAAAGACAGAAAUACAGGGAGCGGAGAUCGGGGUGCCUUGUGAGAAUAUGUCGGGGAGUUGAUAACCCUCCUCUACCAUCCGUUCUAUUGGCCAACGUGCAAUCAUUGGAAAAUAAACUGGAUGAUCUCCGCUCGAGACUAUCCUACCAACGGGACAUUAAAAACUGUAAUAUCUUAUGUUUCACCGAGUCGUGGCUGAACGACGACACGGAUAAUAUUCAGUUGGCUGGGUUUUCCGUGCAUCGGCAGGACAGAACAGCUACGUCUGGUAAGACGAGGGCUGGGGGUGGGUGUCUAUUUGUCAAUAAUAGCUGGUGCGCGAUGUCUAAUAUUAAGGAGGUAUCGAGGUAUUGCUCGCCUGAGGCAGAGUACCUCAUGAUAAACUGUAGACCACACUAUCUACCAAGAGAGUUUUCAUCUAUAUUUUUUGUAGCCGUCUAUUUACCACAACAAACCGAUGCUGGCACUAAGACCGCACUCAACGAAAUGUAUAAGGCCAUAAGCAAACAAGAAAAUGCUCAUCCAGAAGCGGCGUGCCUAGUGGCCGGGGACUUUAAUGCAGGCAAACUUUAAAUCAGUUUUACCUAAUUUCUACCAGCAUGUCACAUGUGCAACCAGAGGAAUUAAACUCUAGAUCACCUUUACUCCAUAUACAGAGACGCAUACAAAGCUCUCCCUCGCCCUCCAUUUUGCAAAUCUUGACCAUAAUUCUAUCCUCCUGAUUCCUGUUUACAAGCAAAACCUAAAGCAGGAAGUACCAAGUGACUCACUCAAUAACGGAAGUGUGUCGAUGACACGGAUGCUACGCUACAGGACUGUUUUGCUAGCACAGACUGGAAUAUGUUCCGGGAGGAGUAUACCACCUCAGUCACUGGCUUCAUCAAUAAGUGCAUUGACGAUGUCGUCCCCACAGUGACCGUACAUACAUAUCCCAACCUGAAGCCAUGGAUUACAGGCAACAUCUGCACCGAGCUAAAGGCUAGAGCUGCCGCUUUCAAGGAGCAGGACACUAAUCCGGAUGCUUAUAAGAAAUCUUGCUAUGCCCUCAGACGAACCAUCAAACAGUCAAAGCUUCAAUACAGGACUAAGAUUGAAUCCUGCUACACCUGCUCUGACUCUCGUCGGAUGUGGCAGGGCUUGCAACCUAUUACGGACUACAAAGGGAAACCCAGCCGCAAGCUGCCAAGUGACGCAAGCCUACCAGAUGAGCUAAAUUACUUUUAUGCUCGCUUCGAGGCAAGCAACACUGAAGCAUGCAUGAGAGCACCAGCUGUUCCAGAUGACUGUAUGAUCACGCUCUCCGUAGCCGAUGUGAGCAAGACCUUUAAACAGGUCAACAUUCACAAGGCCGCGGGGCCAGACAGAUUACCAGGACAUGUACUCAGAGCAUGAGCGGACCAACUGGCAAGUGUCUUCACUGACAUUUUCAACCUCUCCCUGACCGAGUCUGUAAUACCUACAUGUUUCAAGCAGACCACCAUAGUCCCUGUGACCAAGAAAGCGAAGGUAACCUGCCUAAAUGACUACUGCCUCCUAGCACUCACGUCGGUAGCCAUGAAGUGCUUUGAAAGGCUGGUCAUGGCUCACAUCAACACCAUCAUCCCGGAAACCCUAGACCCACUCCAAUUCGCAUACCGCCCCAACAGAUCCACAUAUGACGCAAUCUCAAUCACACUCCACACUGCCCUUUCCCACAUGGACAUUAGGAACACCUAUGUGAGAAUGCUGUUCAUUCACUACAGCUCAGCAUUCAACACCAUAGUGACCACAAAGCUCAUCACUAAGCUAAGGACCCUGGGACUGAACACCUCCCUCUGCAACUGGAUCAUGGACUUCCUGACGGACCGCCUCCAGGUGGUAAGGGUAGGCAACAACACAUCUGCAACGCUGAACCUCAACACGGGGACCCCUCAGGGGUGCGUGCUAAGUCCCCUCCCGUACUCCCUGUUCACCCACGACUGCGUGGCCAAGCACGACUCCAACACCAUCAUUAAGUUUGCUGAUGACACAACAGUGGUAGGCCUGAUCACCGACAACGAUGAGACAGCCUAUAGGGAAGAGGUCAGAGACCUGGCAUUGUGGUGCUGACAACAACCUCUCCCUCAACGUGAGCAAGACAAAGGAGAUGAUCAUAGACUACAGGAAAAGGAGGGCUAAACAUGUCCCCAUUCACAUCGAUGGGGCUGUAGUGGAGAGGGUUGAGAGUUUCAAGGUCCUCGGUGUCCACAUCACCAACAAACUAUCAUGGUCCAAACACACCAAGACAGUUGUGAAGAGCGCACGACAACACCUUUUCCCCCUCAGGAGACUGAAAAGAUUUGGCAUGGGUCCCCAGAUCCUCAGAAAGUUCUACAGCUGCACCAUCGAGAGCAUCCUGACCGGUUGCAUCACUGCCUGGUAUGGCAACUGCUCGGCAUCUGAUUAUAAGGCGCUACAGAGGGUAGUGCGUAUGGCCCAGUACAUCACUGAGGCCAAGCUUCCUGCCAUCCAGCACCUGUAUACCAGGCGGUGUCAGAGGAAGGCCCAACAGUCAUAGACUGUUCUCUCUGCUACCGCACGGCAAGCUGUACUAGAGCGCCAAGUCUAGGUCCAAAAGGCUCCUUAACAGCUUCUACCCCCAAGCCAUAAGACUGCUGAACAAUUAAUCAAAUGGCCACCCGGACUAUUUACAUUUACACCCCUUUGAUUUUACUCUGCUGCUACUCACUGUUUAUUAUCUAUGCAUAGUCACUUUACCCCUACCUACAGUUGAAGUCAGAAGUUUACAUACACCUUAGCCAAAUACAUUUAAACUCAGUUUUUCACAAUUCCUGACAUUUAAUCCUAGUAAAAUUUCUUAGGUCAGUUAGGAUCACCACUUUAUUUUAAGAAUGUGAAAUAUCAGAAUAAUAGUAGAGAGAAUGAUUUCUUUCAGGUUUUAUUUCUUUCAUCACAUUCCCAGUGGGUCAGAAGUUUACAUACACUCAAUUAGUAUUUGGUAGCAUUGCCUUUAAAUUGUUUAACUUGGGUCAAACGUUUCGGGUAGCCUUCCACAAGCUUCCCACAAUAAGUUGGGUGAAUUUUGGCCCAUUCGUCCUGACAGAGAUGGUGUAACUGAGUCAGGUUUGUAGGCCUCCUUGCUCACACACACUUUUUCAGUUCUGCCCACACAUUUUCUAUAGGAUUGAGGUCCUUAAGCCAUUUUGCCACAACUUUGAAAGUAUGCUUGGGGUCAUUGUCCAUUUGGAAGACCCAUUUGUGACCAAGCUUUAACUUCCUGACUGAUGUCUUGAGAUGUUGCUUCAAUAUAUCCACAUAAUUUUCCAUCCUUAUGAUGCCAUCUAUUUUGUGAAGUGCACUAGUCCACCCUACAGCAUGAUGCUGCCACCCCCGUGCUUCACGGUUGGGAUGGUGUUCUUCGGCUUGCAAGCAUCCCCCUUUUCCCUCCAAACAUAACGAUGGUCAUUAUGGCCAAACAGUUCUAUUUUUGUUUCAUCAGGCCAGAGGACAUUUCUCCAAAAAGUACAAUCUUUGUCCCCAUGUGCAGUUGCAAACCGUAGUCUUGCUUUUUUAUGGUGGUUUUGGAGCAGUGGCUUCUUCCUUGCUGAGCGGCCUUUCAGGUUAUGUCGAUAUAGGAGUCGUUUUACUGUGGAUAUAGAUACUUUUGUACAUGUUUCCUCCAGCAUCUUCACAAGGUCCUUUGCUGUUGUUCUGGGAUUGAUUUGCACUUUUCGCACCAAAGUACGUUCAUCUCUAGGAGAUGCGUCUCCUUCCUGAGCGGUAUCACGGCUGCGUGGUCCCAUGGUGUUUAUACUUGCGUACUAUUGUUUGUACAGAUGAACGUGGUACCUUCAGGCGUUUGGAAAUUGCUCCCAAGGAUGAACCAGACUUGUGGAGGUCUACAAUUUAUUUUCGGAGGUCUUGGCUGAUUUCUUUUGAUUUUCCCAUGAUGUCAAGCAAAGAGGCACUGAGUUUGAAGGUAGGCCUUGAAAUACAUCCACAGGUACACCUCCAAUUGACUCAAAUGAUGUCAAUUAGCCUAUCGGAAGCUUCUAAAGCCAUGACAUCAUUUUCUGGAAUUUUCCAAGCUGUUUAAAGGCACAGUCAACUUAGUGUAUGUAAACUUCUGACCCACUGGAAUUGUGAUACAGUGAAUUAUAAGUGAAAUAAUCUGUCUGUAAACAAUUGUUGGAAAAAUGACUUGUGUCAUGAACAAAGUAGAUGCCAAAACUAUAGUUUGUUAACAAGAAAUUUGUGGAGUGGUUGAAAAAAGAGUUUUAAUGACUCCAACCUAAGUGUAUGUAAACUUCCGACUUCAACUGUACAUGUACAAAUUACCUCGACUAACCUGUACCCCCGCACAUUGACUCGGUACCGGUACCCUCUGUAUAUAGCCUCGAUAUUGUGAUUUUAUUGUGUUACUUUUUAUUUUAUUUUUUACUUUACUUUAUUUAGUACAUAUUUUCUUAACUCUAUUUCUUGAACUGCAUUGUUGGUUAAGGGCUUGUAAGUAAGCAUUUCACGGUAAGGUUUGGUCUAGAGCCUCUGUCUGAGGUGCUAAAAGCAUAGUGAUCCUAGGAUCCUGUCUUUAUUUCUAUAGGGGCCCCUAAUAGGGGCCCAACAGCUGAGAGAGAUCAAGGAAACUAAUGAUGAAGUGAUUUAUUGAUGUAGUGCCACAUAAAAGCUAUAGGUCAUUAGCUGUAUCUCUUGUUGUCUUACCAGCACCCGUUUGUGACCCAGUUGCUGACCCGUAACCUGAUUAUUGAGCUGCUGGACAUGGCCAAUAACCCUGACCUCCACUCCACACACAGCAACGAUGACAACGAUCUGGAGGUGAGGAUAGGUGACCAUAGACAGACACACACAUGCAAGUAUGCAAGUAUACACGCCGAAUGCACACGCACACACACACAAAACACACACACACACACUUGCUUUGUAACACAUGGCUCUCUCAGGAACAUUGCUUGGUCCUAGUGUGAUUUCUUCUGUGAGUGUAUAACAUGUGUUUGUGUGUGUGUGUGUGUGUGUGUGUUUGUCUUUAGAAUGGAGAAGCUGCUCCUGAUAAGAUCCAGUCUGCAGGGAAACACCUGCCUGCAGAGAGGUCUCUGUCUGAAGAGCAGUGUGAGUCUUCAAAUCCCUAUACAAUUCGUACACUGAAACCCCAUCAUCAGUCCACACAACGCAUCAUCACAACAAUGUGUGAAGAGGUUAAAGAAGUACUCAUGCCCCCAUAUAUGCAAAACUAUCCUAAUGAAUAAUGUCAAUGAGGGCCUUCUGCACUGAACAUCUGAAGUGUGGUCUGGCUAUUACUGUUGAUACGGUACAUCUGCCCACGGCAAUUCAAGUGAUCACUCAUCUAUAGUUAGAGAGGGGGCGUGUAUGUGUGUUGAUUGUCGAUUGUGUGUUUGUGUGUGGGUGUGUGUGUGUGUGCGUGCGUAUCUAUCUGUAUGUCUGUGUGUUCGUGGAGAGUUGAGGUCAACAUCACCCUUACUGGCCUAAUGUGUGGAACUGGGGCAUAUGGAGCAGGACACAACACAACACGCUUGGGCUCCUGACCUCUGUGACAAGAAGCCCAUUGAGACUUGGAGGGGGAGAUGAAGUCACCAAGUCACCCAACACAGAGAGGUCACUGUCCUGCACACGCACAUGGCAUGUUCCCUCUCUGUGGUCCUCUGACGUGCCCACACGUGAGGAGUGGACCUGGGGGGUGGAGGUGGGGCAAAGGAGGAGGGGGGACGAGGGGGGACUGAGGAACUAUUGUUACAUAUCCUAGUCAUUUAGCAGACGCUCUUAUCCAGAGCGACUCACAGUUAGCGAGUGCAUACAUUUUCCAUACUGGCCCCCCGUGGGAAUCGAACCCACAACCCUGGUGUUGCAAGCGUCAUGCUCUACCAACUGAGCUACAGGAGGCCCUAUCAGAGAGCUUACAGCAUACACAGGGUGUGGUGACGGUGGACAAUGCGCCCACUCUGCAGCAGCCAGGGACAAGACAGCAUAUAUUUAGACAAGCAUGUCAACACGAAAACAAAUACAUGGUGGUAGUGGAGAGGGGUGUUGUGAGUCUUCUUGUAUGGGCAUCCCUAUGGGUUUUCUGGGGUGAGAGGUAAAGUUGCUGAAGCAGAUGACAUGGUAUUACUGUAACACAGUGAUAUGGGCUCAGUAUGAGACUAGUUUACCAAUCGAUCUGAAUACGUAACAAGUGAUGGUAAGCAGACAGUGGGAUAGCAGGUCAACCUGGAUUUUAUCCAAUGGCAUUGAUAGUAAAUUCGUCACAUAAAAUGAUCAUGCCAUAUUAUAAAAUAUGUUUAGUCUCAGCAGUUAUUAAAUACAUACAUUGUAUUUAAGUGUACAUUUCCCUCAUGAUUAACUUAGUUGUGUGUCCCUUAGUUGACCAAGUGAAGUUUGGGCCUCUGUUGAGGAAAGUGACAGAGCCUUAUCCUGAUAUGGUGAGUCACAUUUCGUUCCUGUGUUUGACAUGUUGGGGUUAAAGGUCAAGUCAACAUAGAAUGGCUAUUUGGGGAAGUGCGAUUGGGAGAUGUAUGAGUUCUAUUGAUAGGGAUAUUAUGGAUGUGUAUGUUGUUGAUGAUUCUUCGUAAUAUUUCAGCAAAGCUCGUAUGAAGACGAUUGGGACGUCUCAGAAGAUGAAACUGAGUCACCGUAAGAUGCUCCUCUUCCACGGUUUACUAUUGGUAGCAUUACGUCAAACAAACAAUAUUAGUAGCAUUAUCUCAAAUCUACUGUCAGUGUAUGUAUGGACAUGCACCUGAUGUCCCCACUAGAGCAAGUUCACAGGAGAACAAUAAUGGGAAAUCCUCUCAAUCCAUAACAGAGAACACUAGAUCCAACCCUCCCAUUGUCACAGAACAGACGGUGCUCUGUCACGUCAUGUACUCAGAACUAGUGGCUCGAUAGAGAGAUUAACAUCUUGUCUUCUUGUUUCAGGAGCCUGUUGGAAUGUGUGGAGGAAGCUCUGCAGCUGAGGUAGGGCAGCAGAGCCCCCAUUGUAAAAACACUAUUCAACAGUAUUCUACCCGGCGACAACGCCUCUUAUCAAGGAAGCUGUGGAAGUUUGUUUAAUCACAUUGAAAUGAAUACCUUUUGAAUACUUGACAUUAUCUGAUAAAGAAGUAAAGCAUAUUUGAUCACUGAUUAUUAUUGUUGGGUAUGCAUAUUUGAAAUUCAUUGAUCCUGCCCUGGUCUAAAUCUUGGCCUAUUAAGAGCCAACAUAAUUGUUGUUGUUUUUUGUUGUUGUACUUUUUACCCCAAUUGGUCGUUACAGUCUUGUCCCGUACGGACUCGGGAGAGGCGAAGGUCGAGAGCCAUGCGUCCUCCGAAACACGACCCUGUCAAGCCGCACUGCUUCUUGACACAAUGCUCGCACCAAUGUGUCGGAGGAAACACCUUACUACUGGCAACCGAAUUUAGCGUGUAUGCGCCCGGCCCUCUACAAGGAGUCGCUAGAGUGCGAUGGGACAAGGACAUCCCUGCCUGCCAAACCCUCCCCUAACCCGUACAACGCUGGGCCGCCUCACAAGUCUCCCAGUCGCGGCCAGCUGCGACACAGCCUGGGAUCGAACCCGGGUCUGUAGUGACGCCUCUAGCACUGCGAUGCAGUACCUUAGAUCGCUGCACCACUUGGGAGGCCCAGAGCCAACAUAAUUGAACCCUUUACCAUUGUAAUUAAAGAAAAUGUCCAUAAUAUAUCUGCAGUAAUAGUGGAAUGAUAGUGUUUCACAGUAUUACUUACCCACCAGUGUUGUGAUUGGCUGUGAUAUUCGCCUAUUGAUUUCUCCCGCCGGGCUGGCAUCUGUUGUAAAAAUGGGAAAGCUGUUCUGACUUUGUGGCUGGGUUAUCUUGUGGAAAUCGCUCUGCCAUUUCCUGGUUGCUAAAAUUAGACACUGUUCGCUCAAUUUCAGUUUAUGUGAGAAAACAAACACAGAAUAGUGUAGGGAAUCAUUGUACCAUCUAAAUCAAUGUGAAAUAUAUUUUCAAAAACCACAAAUGUUUUUUUUCCAGCUGUUUGAAGCUGGUGGACCAAAACCGAAAGUAAAAGGCUCAAGCACAAGUCUCCGCCAUGUUAUGGGGAAAUUGAAUGCGGGGGAGGGGGGAUUUUUUUUUGGAAUGCAGCCUAGUGCUGUUGCAAUUCACCUAGCUUCCACAUAGGGGAGAAAUUCAGAGAAUUUCUAUGUGUAGUACCUUUAACAUUACCAUUGACAAUUUCUUCUUCCAGGAGCUUAACCAUCAAGAGAGCGCCAUCUACUGGCGUAAGUAUCAAUAACAGAACACCAAGAAAGUGUAAUGCAAGAUAUGAAGAUAAGAAGAUAAUCCUUUAUACCUUUCAGCUAUUUCCUAUUGCAUUAUGUGAUGGUGUUUUGUCUAAUGAUUCUGGUUGUGUAGGGGGCUAAAAGUGGGAGUAAGAGUGGGUUAUUCAGCCCUUCCACAGCCUCCCUGCCUGCCAUCAGCUCUUUUUGUCCCACGAUGGAGGACAAGGACCUCACCCUUGGCCCCAGCUCCAGCCUGGGGCCCGACUCCACUCGCACACCCAACAACUUCACGUCAGGUACGGAACAUCCACACACAGAGUCAAUGUUUACAGGUUAUAUGUCAAUCUGUCAUGACAACUGAUUUGGUUCUGGGUGCCUUCAGAAAGUAUUCACACCCCUUGACUUUUUCCAUAUGUUGUUGUGUUACAGCCUGAAUUUAAAAUGGAUUAAAUUAAAUUGAGAUUAUAUGUCACUGAUCUACACACAACACCCCAUAAUGUCAAAGUGGAAUUAUGAUUUUAGAAAUGUUUACAAAUUAAUAAAAAAUUAAAAGCUCAAUGUAUUGAGUCAAUAAAUAUUCAACCCUUUUGUUAUGGCAAGCCUAAAUAAGUUCAGGUGUAAAAAUAUGCUUAACAAGUCACAUAAGUUCCAUGGACUCACUCUGUGUGCAAUAAUAGUGUUUAAUAUGAUUUUUAAAUUACUACCCCAUCUCUGUACCCCACACAUACAAUUAUAUGUAAGGUCCCUUAGUCGAGCAGUGAAUUUCAAGCACAUAUUCAACCACAAAGACCAGGGACGUUUUCCAAUGGUUUGAAAGAAGGGCACCUAUUGGCAGACAUUGAAUAUCCCUUUGAGCAUUUGUGCAGUUAUUAAUUACACUUUGGAUAGUGUAUCAAUACACCCAGUCACUAUAAAGAUACAGGCGCCCUUCCUAACUCAGUUGCCGGAGAGUAAGGAAACCGCUCUGGGAUUUCACCAUGAGGCCAAUGGUGAUUUUAAAAGUUACAGAGUUUAAUUGCUGUGAUAGGAGAUAACUGAGGAUGGAUCAACAACAUUGUAGUUACUCCACAAUACUAACAUAAAUGACAGAGUGAAAAGAAUGAAGCUUGUACAGAAUAAAAAAUAUUCCAAAACAUGUAUCCUGUUUGCAAUAAGGAACUAAAAUAAUACAGCAAAAAAUGUGGCAAAGAAAUUAACUUUAGCGUUAUGUUUGGAGCAAAUCCAACACAACACAUCACUGAGUACCACUCUUCAUAUUUUCAAGCAUGAUGGUGGCUGCAUCAUGUUAUGGGUAUGCUUGUCAUCGGCAAGGACUAGGACAUUUCUUUGGAUAAAAAUAAACGGAAUAGAGCUAAGCACAGGUAAAAUCCUAGAGGAAAACCUGGUUCAGUCUGCUUUCCAACAGACACUGGGAGACAAAUUCACCUUUCAGCAGGACAAAUACCUAACAUGCAAGGCCAAAUAUAUACUGGAGUUGCUUACCAAGACGACAUUGAAUGUUCCUGAGUGGCCUAGUUACAGUUUUGACUUAAAUUGGCUUAAAAAUCUUUGGCAAGACUUGAAAAUGGCUAUCUAGCAAUGAUCAACAACCAACUUGACAGAGCUUGAAUAAUUUUUAAAAGAAUAAUGGGCAAAUAUUGUACAAUCCAGGUGUGCAAAGCUCUUAGAUACUUACCCAGGAAGACUCGCAGCUGUAAUCGCUGCCAAAGGUGAUACUAACAUGUAUUGACUGAGGGGGUUGAAUACUUAUCUAAUCAAGAUAUACUGUAUUAGUGUUUUGUUUUCCAUUCAUUUAAAAAAUGUUUUAGAAUUUUUCUUCCACUUUGACAUUACAGUGUAUUUUGUGUAGAUCAUUGACAAAAAAUGACAGUUAAAUCCAUUUUAAUCCCACUUUGUAACGUAACAAAAUGUGGGAAAAGUAAAGGGUUGUGAAUACUUUCGGACGUCUGUUAAUGUCAAUAUUUGUAUUGACAACAGAAUUACUGUUCCAUAUUUACCUAGACAGUAGAAUAUUCUAAUGCGGCAGGUAUCCUCGUGGUUAGAGCGUUGGGCCAGUAAUUGAAAGGUUGCUGAUUCAAAUACUGGAGCUGUGCCCUUGAGCAAGGCACUUAACCCUAAUUGCUCCAGGGGCGGUGUACAAUGGCAACCCUGGCCGUGACCCCACUCCCUGCGGGUGUCUCAGGGGGAGUUGGGAUAUGAAGAAAACAAAACAUUUACAUUACAGACUUGUGUGUAACAGGAAAAAUAGAAGCACCCCCCAAAUUAUUAUCUGCAUGUUUGUUCUCUACCUAUAUAGUACUCUAAAUACCUCAAUUAAUGUUGUUAAGUUCAAAAUAAUACAACAAAUAAAUAGCUGACACCGUUCAAACCAAUGAGGGUUCGGAACUUUAAAGCCAAUGAUCUCAGAAUCAUCUUGUUGCAGAUAUGUUCAAUUAUAUAUCUUCGUUGUGUUUUAAUCCAAAUCUUGAUAGCUUUUUCCAUCUAUGCUAGGAUCGACAACCCGUUUCAACAUGAACAAUGUUUUGUCCCUCCUUCGUGUGGUUCUCCAGUCUUGGCCAGGUGUUCUGCUACUCAGGAUAUCAGCAGACAGUGGUGUAGUAACCCCAGUGUUUCUGAGGGGGGCGCCGUACAGGCAGAGAAGAAGAAGACAGGAGGGGUGACCUCACCUAGCAGGGACAGCUCUCUCUCUCUAGAGUGGCGCACACUAAGGAGGAAAAUGGAGGACUCUGUGAGUUUCAAACACAGGGCAAUGUUGCCUCACUACAUAUCUGUACAUAGCCUCAUAUCCAUGCUGUAGCUGUUGACGCUGGAGAAUGGCAUUGGCAGUUGGCUUCAACACAUAGUAUGGAUUUGAGGCUACCAGUAGACGGUAGCCUCAACCAGUACAUAGCCAGUACAUAGGGGUUCAACCAGUACAUAGCCAGUACAUAGCCAGUACAUAGGGGUUCAACCAGUACAUAGCCAGUACAUAGGGGUUCAACCAGUACAUAGCCAGUACAUAGGGGUUCAAUUCAAUGUGAAUUCAGACACUUCCAGGGAUUAAGUUGUAAAGUGCCAUUCAUUUUUUGAUUGGAAUUUAAAUUCACUACCUGAACUGACUGAAUUGAAAUGGAAUUGACACCAACCCUGGUACUGACAGAAAGUGUGGGGUUUGUUAACCUAAUAACAUGUUUCAAUACAUUCUGCUUUAUCCUCUUUAAUAAACCAUCCUUUUGUUACAUUUAAUGUAGGAGGACAGAAUUCAGAGAUGGCCAGAUCCUAUGGCGCUGCUUUGUGACAUGAAUUUAAACAACAUCCUCAUUUGAACUACACAGUUAUCCCUCUUUUUUGUUUUUGUUGUUGUUGUGUUUAACCCUGUUUAAUUUCUAGAGAGCUGAUUGUCAUGGACUCCCUCCUACCCCUCAAGUUCAUGUAAGUGCAGAGAUCUAGUCUAACAGCAUGUGCCCUACAACAGUACAAGGAAGCUGAUGCAUCAAUAUCUAACACAAUUUCCACAUGCUUAUGAACAGGCUAUGUAGCUAAUGGCUAUUGGUCUCACAAAUGCUUGAUGGAAUGCCCACUACAACAAUGGUUUGCUAAGAUGGACAUUGGACAAAUUAUAAUAGUCUAACCAUGCCUAUUUUACAGCAAUGUAGAAUUAGUUAUCAUAAUAAUAAAACGUGUAUUGUUUUGUUUCAUAGAUGGGUGCCUGUUUCUCUAAAGUCUUCAAUGGUUGUCCUUUGAACAUCCACUGUGCUAUCACCUGGAUUCUCCCUAAAACUAGAGGUAAAGAACGGGUUAAAGAGGUUAAGGUAAGGUCAUUACACAUGGCCAUGACAUUAUCUUAUCUCUUCCUCAGAUCAGUAUCUUAUACUGGGGGCAGAAGAGGGUGUCUACACACUCAACCUCAAUGAGCUCCAUGAGGACACUAUGGAGAAGGUAACGGUUCAUAUAUUGAUGAAUGUGGGAAAGUAUGAAUUAAUGUGGGUAGUCUGUGUUGAAUUCCAGAGCAUACCACUAAUACUAUUCUACCGAGCCAUUUACCUCUCUCUUCCCCCACAGUUGCUCCCACAAAGAUGUACCUGGCUGUAUGUCAUGAACAAUGUAUUGAUGUCCGUAUCAGGUAGAGCUCUAUCCCAAUCACACACCUAUCAUGUUGGUCAUAGGAUCCUACACCAUCAACUCCACUACUCCAAACCAGACCUGGUUUCAAAUAGUAUUUGAGUGUUUGCUUGAGUGCCAGGUGGGCGGGGUUUGCACUUUUGAGACUAUUCCAUUGGUUCCAUUGCACCAGGCAAGCGGGGUUUGCACUUUUGAGACUAUUCCAUUGGUUCCAUUGCACCAGGCAAGCUCAAUUACAUUUUACAUUUUAGUCAUUUAGCAGACGCUCUUAUCCAGAGCGACUUACAGUUAGUGAGUGCAUACAUUUUCAAUCAAGCACUGCUAAAUUUGAACACGGGUUCUUACCAUUCCUCUCCUCCCCUCUCCGCCCCUCUCCUCCCCCAUCCCCAGGGAAGUCUUCCCAGCUGUACUCCCACAGUCUGACGGCUCUGUUUGAGCAGAGAGGCCACAAGCAGCAGAAACAGAGUCACCUGUCCCUCAGUACCAACCGCUUCACUGAGAGGAUCAGCCACAGGCAGAGGGGGUGGGUGUGUGUGUGUGUGUGUGUGUGUGUGUGAGUGUGUGUGUGUGUGUGUGUGUGUGUGUGUGUGUGUGUGUGUGUGUGUGUGUGUGUGUGUGUGUGUGUGUGUGUGUGUGUGUGUGUGUGUGUGUGUGUGUGUGUGUGUGUGCGCGCGCGUGCGGCUCAAUGUGUUCGGGUUCAAUUUGUCUUCAACAUAUGUGCCAGUCCUAAUUUAAAGUAAAAAAAUGAAUAAUGAUUGUCCAUCAGCAGGAAAUAUGCUGUAACUGUGAAGAUACCAGACACUAAAGGCUGUCGAAGAUGCAGCGUGGGUAAGUGAAAUUUGGCACUGCACUAUGUACAAUCACAACACAGAAAGUUGAUUCAAUUUAUCUGAAAUUGAUUCAAUUGAAAUCACUCUUUCUCCUCUCUCCUAGCAAGGAACCCCCACACAGACAGCACGUUCCUGUGUGGGGCUGUACCGUCAGGUCUAAUUCUACUCUUGUGGUAUGAGCCUCUGCAGAAGUUCAUGCAGCUCAAGGUGUGUAUCGACAUAACAAAAUGUACAAUUAUUCCAUACAAAUACACUACAUGGCCAAAAGUAUGUGGACAUCAGUGGAGGCUGCUGAGGGGAGGACGGCUCAUAAUAAUGGCUGGAACAGAGCGAAUGGAAUGGCAUCAAACCAUGUGUUCGAUGUAUUUGAUACCGUUCCACUGAUUCCACUCCAGCCAUUACCACGAGCCACCUUUCCAACAAGUCAGUUUGUCAACAUUUCUGCCCUGCUAGAGGUGCCCCGGUCAACUGUAAGUGCUGUUAUUGUGAAGUCGAAAACGUCUAGGAGCAACGCUGAGUGCUGAAGCGCAUAGCGCGUAAAAAUCGUCUUUCCUCGGUUGCAACACUCACGACCGAGUUCCACACUGCCUCUGGAAGCAACAUCAAUACAAUAACUGUUCGUCGGGAGCUUCAGGUAAUGGGUUUCCAUGGCCGAGCAGCCGCACACAAGUCUAAGAUCAACAUGCGCAAUGCCAAGCGUCGGUUGGAGUGGUGGAAAGCUCACCGCCAUUGGACUCUGGAGCAGUGGAAACGCGUUCUCUGGAGAGAUGAAUCACACUUCACCAUCUGGCAGUCCGACGGACGAAUCUGGGUUUGGCGGAUGCCAGGCGAACGAUACCUGCCCGAAUGCAUAGUGCCAACUGUAAAGUUUGGUGGAGGAGGAAUAAUGGUCUGGGGCUGUUUUUCAUGGUUCAGGCUAGGUCCCUUAGUUCCACCGAAGGGAAAUCUUAACGCUAUAGCACACAAUGACAUUCUAGACGAUUCUGUGCUUCCAACUUUGUGGUAACAGUUUGGGGAAGGCCCUUUCCUGUUUCAGCAUGUCAAUGCCCCCGUGCACAAAGUGAGGUCCACACAGAAAUGGUUUGUCGAGAUCGGUGUGGAGCCUUGACAGAGCCCUGACCUCAACCCGAUCGAACACCUUUGGGAUGAAUUGGAACUCCGGCUGAGAGCCAGGCCUAAUCGCCCAACAUCAGUGCCCGACCUCACUAAUGCUCUUGUGGCUGAAUGGAAGCAAGUCCCCCGCAGCAAUGUUCCAACAUCUAGUGGAAAGCCUUCCCAGAAUAGUGGAGGCUGUUGUAGCAGCAAAGGGGGGACCAACUCCAUGUUAAUGCCCAUGAUUUUUGAAUGAGACGUUAUCGAGCAGGUGUCCACAUACUAUUGGCCAUGUAGUGUAUGAACCAUGUCUGUAAGACUUGUAAAAUUGGUCUUCCUACGCUUUUUCCCUCUCUCAGCAUAUAGACAUAUGUCUACCGGAUCCGCUCCCUAUCUUUGAGUUACUGGUGUCAGUGACAGAUGAGUUCCCACAGCUAUGUGUAGGGGUGGGGGACUAUGCUGCAGAGGGAAGGAAACUACCAACCAACCAGCAGCUGAAGUUUGACAUCAUAGAGUUGAACGGCACACCACAUUCUUCACCAGGUAACACAGAGAUGUCAGAUAGUAGGAUUUGAACCGUAUGACAUUGUGUAGAGAAAUUGUAUAACCAUAAUUCUCUCUCUCUCUGUCGCUCUCUCUUUCUCUCUCUCUCUCUCUCUCUCUCUCUCUCUAUCUCUUUCUUUCUUUCUUUGUAUAUGUGCAUUUGCUUGUGUGUGUGAAUGUGUGUGUUUACAGAGAGUACGCCGGACCGGAGCCGGACCGGAACACGACCGGGAGCCGUGCAGGCGACACAGAUGGACCGAGACACAGUUCUCAUUGCACUGGAGAGUGAGUCUAUCGGAAUUAAUUAUAUCCUACCAAGAAUAUCAUUAUCACCACCUGCCCUUUAAUGUCCACUACUAACGGUAUCUUUAAUAUCACUUUACAGAGACUGUGAAGAUUGUCAACCUACAAGGUCUUCCCUCCAAGGAGCUGGCUUCUGAAUUGGUCUUUGACUUCCCCAUUGAAACACUAAGUACUAACUUCAUUCAAUCUCAAUAAUUAUUAUUUAGCUCAUAGAAUGUUCUCAAUUCAUCACCACAUCAUAGCUACAGGUACUGUAAUAACAUUUAUACACUACGUGCGUGGAAGAUUUUUCGAGUGACAUUACUGUUUUAUGGAUAGUUUGUUUACAGGAUAGUGUUCUGGCUUUCUGGAAGCAUGGUCUUAAAGGGAGGAGCCUUCACACAAAUGAGGUGAUUAUGUCUCAUUAUAAUGCGCACAUUCCCCCCCAAAAAAUGCUUAAUCUGCAUUGGAAGUAUAUUAUCUUGCUGAAACAGUGAAACACAUUUACAUUCAUCUUUGUAGGUCACCCAGGAAAUCACAGACGAAAGCAGAGUAUUCCGGGUCUUGGGGACGAACAGGUAUGCUCCAAACGCUGGGCUGUUACCUUGAAUGCCACAUUAUGUGUGUUCCCAUUAGGGGUCAAAUGUUAUCUGAGAAAACCAAUCACAUUCUGUCUUUUGUCACUUCCGUAGGGAUGUCGUCCUUCAGAGUACCCCCACAGAGGACCCGUCAGCCAUGACCAACCUCUAUAUCCUGACUGGCCAUGAAAGCAGCUACUGA